AUGCAGUCUCUGUUUCUCCUACACGUCUACGUCUCCAUUGUGUUUCGUUUUGUAUUGCUGCUAACAUCACCCAUACAUCUCACGAUGGAGAUGACCAACAAAGCUAUUAAAGAAGUAGAAGAAAGUGCUGAUCCACCCAGAGACAACCAUGACAACUUCCUCCCGUUCGGUACAAAGCUGGUACUUAUCACUCUCAGUCUGGCGCUGGCUGUGUUCUGCGUCGCAUUAGACAACACGAUUAUCGCUGUUGCUAUCCCUCGAAUCACUGAUCAAUUCCACAACCUCAAUGACGUUGGCUGGUACGCCUCAGCGUACCUUCUGACCACUUGCUCGUUUCAACUACUCUACGGCAAACUCUACACUCUUUUCGACAUCAAAUGGGUCUUUCUCAUGGCCUUGUUCAUCUUUGAGCUUGGCUCUUUGAUAUGCGGUGUUGCCCCCAGUUCGACUGUUCUGAUAAUUGGACGAGCCAUUGCUGGGCUGGGGAGUGCUGGGAUAUUUUCCGGGGCCCUCAUCACAAUAGGUCAUAUUGUCGAACUCAAAUACAGGCCGAUCGCCUUUUCCAUGGUCGGUGGGGUGUACGGCAUUUCGUCUGUUGCUGGCCCAUUGAUAGGCGGUGCAUUCACUGAUCAUGCAACAUGGCGUGGGUGCUUCUAUAUCAACCUCCCCAUUGGUGGCAUUACUGCGGUCGGUAUUUUAUUCCUACUCAAAUUACCUCCACGAGCUACGGCCCAGAAGCGUUCCUGGAUGCAAACAUUGAAAAGUAUGGAUCCCCCGGGAACCUUGAUCUUUGUACCAUCCAUAGUCUGUCUCUUGCUUGCGCUGCAAUGGGGUGGCGUGCAGUAUCCCUGGUCAAAUGCGCGGAUAAUCGUCCUCUUUGUUUUCUUUAGCAUUGGAAUCCUCCUAUUCAUCGGGGUCCAGAUCGUCUCGGGUGAAAACGCAACAGUUCCUGCUAGGAUUGCUAAGCAGCGCACGAUCGCAUUCGCCUCGCUCUUUUCUUUCUGCCUCGGCAGCUCAUUCUUUAUCAUGGUCUACUUUUUGCCAAUCUGGUUCCAAGCCAUUCAAGGCACCAACGCAGUAGGUGCAGGCAUUCGCUGUCUUCCGAUGAUACUCGCGCAUGUGGUAGCCAUCGGUAUAUCGGGCGCCCUGACAGCACGUCUUGGCUACUACACACCAUUCUUCAUCGCGUCUGGUAUCAUCGUGCCAAUAGGCUCUGGGCUGAUGACUACUUACACCGUGAACAUUUCCCAAGCCAAAUGGGCAGGUUUUAUGUUUCUCUACGGCUUCGGCGCUGGCUGCAGGUUCCAACAAGGUGGAAUUGCCGCUCAUUCCGUUCUCAGCCUUGAAGAUGCAGCCAUCGGCACCUCCUUCGUCAUGUUCAUACUGGUCCUCGGAGGAGCACUCUUCACAUCGGCCGCCCAGAGUGUAUUUACCACACGGUUGGUUAAAACUCUGAUCGCACUGGACAUGCCCGGUUUUGAUCCGUCUGCGAUCGUGCACGCAGGUGCGACUGGCUUACGAAAGAUGGUGAAACCAGAUCAAUUACCCAAGGUCCUUGAGGCUUACAAUGAUGCUAUCGUGCAUGUUCUGCAGCUGGCGCUGAUACUCGGCUCUAUAAGCAUUGUUGGUGCAUUGGGUGUUGAAUGGCGCAGUGUCAAAGGAAAGAAAUUCGAGACUGUGGCUGCAUGA